CCGAAUAUUUACAAUCAAAUGUAACAUUUGUAAUCAUAUUAGUAAUGCAUUAAUGGCUCGAGCACCCCUUGAAGAAACAAAUAGUUGUAAUUGUCCUAUCCAGAUUUGCAGUACUGUCAAUGUCACGUUUGUUGUCCUGAGUUGCUAAUGUUCUGCGGGCGAUUUAGUCCUUUGUGAAUCCAUCAGACAUGUUUAAGUUAAACUGUGUGUUAGUUAGUUCUGUGAGUAAUGUAUGUCGACAGCUGGCUGCCUCCCUGAACGCAAACAGCAGCGCUCUGUGUGUAAGCAGCGGGCUGAAGCGAACAUUAUGCAGCAGUUCUGUCAGACAUCAGGAAGUUGCAGCAACAACCACAGACUCCGAGAAAACCUCCAAAAACUUCAGCCAUUUUCCCCCCAUGCCCGGUCAGGAGAGUUCACUGACAUGGGCUGGGAAGAAGUUUGAAGAGUUGCCAAUCAUUCACAUUAAAGCCACAUACAACAACACACACAUCCAGCUGACAGACAGCGCAGGACAGCCUCUGGUCAGGACGUCCUGCGGCACAGAAGGAUUCAAGAAUAUCAGGAAGUCGACGCCUGUUGCUGCUCAGACUGCGGGAAUCUCUGCUGCAGUGAAAGCCACAGGAAAGGGAGUGACAUUUGUCCGCGUGGUGGUCAAAGGUCUUGGUCCUGGACGUCUGUCUGCGAUCAAAGGCCUGACAAUGGGCGGCCUGGAGGUUGUAUCGAUCACUGACAACACCCCGGUGCCACACAACGGAUGCCGCCCACGCAAAGCCAGGCGGACGUGACCUCAGCAAAGCCAUGAGGAACGCGUGUUGUAAAAAUGCUAAUAAAGUGUUGUGUUGUAUAACUCA